AAAGGUCAACGUAACUAAUAUCCUUUCGUGAAUAUCAUUAGCCGAUAUCUUGUAAAAAUAGAAAAAAAUAUGUAUACAGGCUCCUAACGUAGUGCAGGUCCGGAUGACAUUUUUCUGUGGGCGCCGAUGACUAUUUGAAUUUCUUUAAUUAAAUUUAAGAUUGACACUGCCAUCUAGCGGUGACCUAAAAAAAGUUUUCUGCUGCGUUUGAGUGAGAAAAAUUAAUUUCGUGGUGAAGUGAAUUCAAUUGCACGCCCUUUCUUCCGAUUUCUGCAAUUUCCCAGGCUGAGAUUAGCCACAUGCCAGUACAAUACGUAAAAAGGGACGAAAGUGGGGAUCAUGACUUUAUAUUUGUUUGAAUCCACAAGGUCAAAAGAUUGUGGAAAUAAUACGACGAUGUAUUAUUAUUAAAUUGAUGAUGAAUAAUAAUGGCGUUCUUAUUUUAUUAUUACUUAUUCCGCUUUUAAGUGUAUCCUGUUACAACUAUGACGAAAAGCCCAAACCGAACAAUUCAACUGAUUGGGAUGUGAUAGUCUUUACACAACGAUGGCCUGUUACCAUAUGUUCGCAGUGGAUGCAAGUGAACGCUAACAACUCCUGUUUUCUGCCUACCGAUGGUAACAUAUGGACGGUGCACGGCAUUUGGCCUACAAAAUCGGGUACAAGAGGACCUUGGAAUUGUAACACAAAUCGAUUUAAUGAAUCGUUAAUAAAGGAGAUUGAAUCUGAUUUGAAACAACGUUGGGUUAAUAUUGAGAAUAAUACGAAACCCCUGUCAUUCUGGGAACAUGAAUGGCAAAAGCAUGGCACAUGUGCGCAAGUGUUACCUGUACUAAAUACGGAAUUGAAAUACUUUAGCAAAGGAUUAGAAUGGAAUCAUAUGUUUAAUAUACACAAGCUCCUGCUGAGUAGCAGUAUAAUACCCAGCCUCUCGGGGUAUACAAUUGAAAAAAUUUACAGUUCCAUUAGAAAUGUGCUUAACCACAAUCCUAUCAUGCAAUGUGUCAUCGAUAAGCACACCAAAGAAUCUCUGCUAAGUGAAAUUCAACUGUGUUUCGAUCGUGCACUUAACAUGAUGGACUGUGAUUCAGUUAAAGAACUGUUCGAUCAAGUUGUAAAAGUAGGUAGUGUUCUUACAGAUUGUAGUUUAAAAAAGGUAGUCGUUUAUCCUAGUAAUGUUUUACCAACACACCCUCCUGAUGUUGUAAGAUCUGAUGUGCGAGCAACAAUUGAUGAUUUACUUGAAAAUAGAAAUUAUUGGAUAACAAUUUAUAAAACAGUUAAGUUUUUAAUAUGGGCUACAAUUUAAAUCAAUGUUCACAUUGUAUCUAAUUUGAAAAUUUAAAAUAAAAUGUCUAUUGUGUU